CUAGAGUCACUCUCCCUUAUCAAAGCACUACAGUACCAUCGGGACACAACCAUGCCUGCCUACUCCACCAACAUGAGGUUCAAGUUCCCCAUUUUUGCCAUCAUCCUUGAGAUUAUAACCAUCGUUCUGUUUGCCUUCUUUGUGGAAUAUGACAAAGGAGGUCAUAGUCAUGGGAGCAAAGAGCACGGAGGGCAUGACAGGCAGAGCAACGACACAGAGGGCGACACGAACAUCAGGCUGUACCCCAUGUUCCAGGAUGUGCAUGUCAUGAUCUUCAUUGGCUUUGGCUUCCUGAUGACCUUCCUGAAGAAAUAUGGCUUCAGCAGCGUGGGCUUAAACAUGCUCCUGGCUGCCUUUGGUCUGCAGUGGGGGCUGCUCAUGCAGGGGUUCUGGCAUGGUGGCGGAAAAAUCCACGUGUCAGUCUAUAGGAUGAUAAAUGCAGACUUCAGUACAGCAACAGUUUUAAUUUCCUUCGGUGCUGUGCUUGGAAAAACCAGUCCUCUCCAGUUGCUGAUCCUGACCCUCUUAGAAAUCACCACAUUUGCAGUCAAUGAACACAUUGUUGCUGACCUUCUAAAGGCCAGUGAUGCUGGAGCGUCAAUGACUAUACAUGCUUUCGGAGCGUACUUUGGCCUGGCCGUGGCUCGCAUGUUAUAUCGCCCAGGGCUGAAGAACGGCCACGAGAAUGAUGGCUCUGUCUACCACUCAGACAUGUUUGCCAUGAUCGGCACUGUCUUCCUCUGGAUGUUCUGGCCCAGUUUCAACUCCGCCAUCGCUGAGCCAGGUGUGCCGCAGCUAACGGCUGUGGUAAACACAUACCUCUCACUGGCAGCAUGUACCCUCUCAGCCUUUGCUGUGUCCAGCCUGGUAGAACACAGAGGGAAGCUGGACAUGGUGCACAUCCAGAACGCAACGCUGGCCGGAGGCGUUGCUGUGGGAACGUGUGCCGACAUGGCAAUUGGUCCCUUUGGCGCCAUGCUCAUCGGAUUCCUGGCUGGCAUCAUCUCCACCUUGGGCUUUAAAUUUCUGUCUCCAAUCCUCGCGGCAAACCUCGGCAUCCAGGACACCUGCGGAGUGCACAACCUCCACGGCAUGCCUGGCAUUCUGGGUGGACUGGCUGGGAUAGUGGCUGUGCAGUUUGGAAAAAAAGACGGCAGUGCUGGUAUGCAGGCUGCAGCCUUGGGAUCUUCCCUGGGAUUCGCGCUUGUGGGAGGAACUAUCACAGGUCUUAUAAUGAAACUUCCAAUAUGGGGACAGCCACCUGACCAAAACUGCUUUGAUGAUUCCAUCUAUUGGGAGGUACCCGAGGAGGAGGAGGAGAACAAUGAGAGUCUUACUCAUGGAGAGCAUUCCAAGAACAAAGCUGAAGCCUAGAAACCUGUUUAAACACAACUUUUACAACUACCCCUCAAGUCUGGAAAUUUUUGUUAGCAUUGCACUGCCAUGUGUGACUAACAUUUCCUUACAGUAUGUAAGCUACUUUGUUCUGUUAUGACUACUCUGGCUCUAAACCACUUUAAUGAAGUUGAUUUUUUUUUUCUGUAACCAUUUCAUUAUUAUGAUCGUUCAGGGACACGUUUUCUGGCAGUCACCGAUCAAUAUGACACUGACCUGAGCCAAAUCCAGGUUCAUUAUUGGUCUUUGGUGUAACAUUGAGUGUACUGAAGGUUUUUUUAAAAUGACAGCACAUAUAUUGUCUCCCUCUAUUUUAGAGUAACUAUAUAAUUAGCUAAGGCAUUUUUUCUAGUAGACAUUUUAGACCAUAUUUAUUAUGCAGUAUAUUGCCAUGUGCCAUGCUAUGAAUGAUAUUCUACAAUAUAUAUACAGAUAGAAUAAAUCAGGUCAUAGCAAAACAGGUCAUUCAAGAGCUACAUGAGGCAUUUUGUGGGCAUAACAAAAAAGAGGAGCAGUCUGCACGGAAAACUUCAGAAAGAUGCUAUGUAUAAAGCAACACGGCAGCUUCCUUCUGGGUAUUAGUUCGGUAUGCAACCAGAGGGCACCUGUUUCAGAAGUUCUCACUGAUGCCCUACUACUCAUCAGUACAUCCGACAGCGUUAGGUUUGUCAACCUUGGCCGUACCUCUUGCUGUAUGUAUCGAGUGACAUGUUUCACUACACCCUUGCAUUUAAAAUGGUAAGCAACAAGUUUCAGGGGACUAUUUACUGAAUAAUUCACCCUAAAAUGUGAUUCCUUUUGUAUGGUAUUUGGGCAUAAUGUUCAACAAUUGUGAUAAACCUUACUAAUAUUUAUGUCAAAUGGCAAAACGUCUUUCCUCAGGCUAGGGAAAACUGAAGCAGGAUAGCAGAUUGAUAAACACUUGACUUUGUUUAUGUGACAUACUGAAAUAUUACGCAUCGAGCACCAAUAAUAUAAAGACUUGUUGUUCUCAACCAAAUACAUGUGAUAAACUAGACAAAAUGUACUACUUUUUAAAAUGUAUUAUAUACUAGUAGUGUCAUUUUAAAUGCAAUUUGACUUUGUAAUGAAUAAACUGUGCUAUUUUCCACAAGUGCUUUAUUAAACAGGAUGUAAUGUUCCUCUUACUGGGUGCUGUCAAUAUCCCACAGAUCCAUUCCAAAUGAAGCAUGCAGAGCAUCUUACAGUAUAUGUAA